AUGCCAAAACUCAAGUCGGCCCUCGGGGCGCACCAGGCCGGUGUCGCGCGCCGCGCCGCCGAAGCCAAGCGCGCCGAGAACAAGGCCCGGAUGGCCAAGGAGACGAAACACAGCGUGGCGGAGAAACGGGCUCUAAAACGACAGAGGAGGGAACGCGACGCCCAGUCUCGUGCUUUGGAGGCCAGGGAGGCGGAGGCGCAGGCGAGGCAAGACGCCGCAACACUCGCUGCUGAGGUUGGCAUGGUGGAGGAGGGAGACACUGCAGAGAGGGGAGACAUAGAGGAGAGGGGAGAUGCGCUGGCGGCCAAAGCCCUCGCCCGCGCUACCAUCCCCAUCGCCGGGGACGACACUGUCCUCCUUCUCGGAGAGGCGAAUUUCAGUUUUGCGCGUGCGCUCGUUGGGCGCGGACACUCGGGACAUUUGAUCUGCGCGACGGCGUUCGAUAGCGAGACUGAGACGUUUGCGAAAUAUCCCGACGCAGAGGAGAAUAUCGCCAUGCUUAAAGCAAAUGGAGUUCGAGUCGCAUUUGGGAUCGAUGCUGGCGCCCUCGAGAAAGCCCACAAGGUCGUGGGACGCGGCCCGCGUUGGAGUCGCAUAGUCUUCAACUUUCCCCACGUCGGUAAAGGCAUCACCGACCAGGACCGGAAUGUUCGUGCCAACCAGAUCCUCCUUCUUCGGACACUGAAGAGUGUUGCGCCACUCUUGACCGUUGGACCAAGCGCAUUUCCCCUCCCGAAAAAAGGCAAGGAUGGAUCGAAAUCAAAACAUAAAGCUCCAAAGGUUCCAAGAACCCGUUCGCCCUCUUUCUCCGACCACGAAGACCAAGGCCUAGACGAAACGCCGGUUCCAGCAAGUUUCACCCCGCCAGACAGACAAGGAUCGUUACUCGUCACCCUGCUUGCCCAGCCACCAUACUCUGAAUGGGAAUUACCCAAGCUCGCCAACCGGCCGCCACCCACGUGUCCCGGAACAAGGGAUCCACAGCCCCGGUUCCGCGUGCUGAGGAGCUUUGAUUUCGUGCCGGCCGCUUGGCCGGGCUAUGCGCAUCGUCGCACUAUCGGGUGGCGCGAGGGACUGAGUAAGGCCAACAACGAGGAGAUUACCGGACGGCAAGGACGCGCCAGGACGUGGGAGAUGGCCGUGUGGGAUGGCGAAUAG